AAUUUGACGUUGACGUUAGUCGUGAAAUUAUUGUGGUUUGUGUGUGAAUGAAUCAUUUUCGGUUUUAUCAAUUUAUUCUGGAAAAACAACACAACUAAUACAUCGACAAAGCGUGAAAUAGUAAUCUAAAAUGCCGGCGUAUCACUCGACGUUGACUGACUACACCCAGUCUGUUGGAAACCUGGCGUUGCUGCCAAUCCGGACCACCUUCAGAGGGCCAGCUCCAAUAAACCCCAAGCUAGAAUUAGAUGUUAUUGAUGAAGCACUCAACUACUUCAAAGCUAAUGUGUUCUUCAGAUUCUAUGAGAUCAAGUCGGACGCAGACAGAGUGCUGAUCUACCUGACGCUGUAUGUGUCGGAGUGCUUGAAGAAGCUGCAGAAGUGCUCCAGCAAGAGCCAGGGCCAGCAGGAGAUGUACAUGCUGGCCAUCUCCAAGUUUGACAUCCCGGGAGAGCCGGGGUUCCCCCUCAACUCUGUUUAUGCUAAACCUUCCAGCCCCCAGGAAUCAGAUUUAAUGAGGCAGUAUUUACAACAGCUCCGUCAUGAAACAGGGAAUAGAGUGGUUGAAAAGGUGUUUGCAACUGAAGAUGGGAAGCCGAGCAAGUGGUGGCUCUGCUUCGCCAAGAGGAAAUUCAUGGACAAGUCUCUCUCAGGACCCGGCCAAUAGGAGGAAAAAGCCAAAAACUAACAUUUAUGUAUAGGCAUUUAUUUUAUAUCUUUAACACAAUGUAUAAGACUUGUACAAAAGUAUUCUUUCAAUUUACUUAAUUAUUUACUAUUUUUUAAUGCUCUUAAAAAUACUACUUCAAAAUACUUUACUAGAUUAAUCAGUUGAUUGCAAAUAUUGUCAGUCACUAAUAAAAAUCUUCAAAUACA